AGCAGGGCUGUCCCCGCGGAGGCUCUAUCUUCCCCUUCCCAAGGCGCCUGCAGAGUGACUACUGCAGAAUUAGCUGGAAGAAAUGAGGAAGUCAAAGAGGCAAGGACAGCCCUCGAGGCAGGACCUUUCAGAUGAGCCUGUGAAGGUGUCAGAAAGGAUGGCUGUGUGUGAGAUCAACAGACUGCAGAAGCAGUUUCGCAUAGCAGUGGAGAAGAAGAAGUCUGACUGUACCAACCUGAAACUGAAAAUACUGGCCCAGGACAAAGAAAUAGAAUCUCUGACUCGAGAACGCAGAGAGGUGUCAGCAACAAUAGGCCAGAUCCUGUCCCCGAAAAACAGGAUGCUGGAUGACAGAAACCGCAAAGAGGCCAAAUACCUUUUGCAGCUCAGAUAUCAGUGUGAUUGUAUGAUCAGAGAAAGAAAAGCAGUGUUAUCUGUCCUGGACAAGGAGGUAGAAGAGCUGGAAAAAGAGCUUGUGAAGCAAACCCUGAGACAAAGGAAGGUGAAGCAAGUGAACAGUAGCAAACAUCUGCCAAAGCAGAUUGACACACUGGAGAGGCGUCUGUGCAAUACCAGUGUCCAUUUCAAUACCAUCCUGGCCAAAAAUAAGAAGCUUCGAGAAGAGAUUGAAAGCCUGCAAAUCCAGAGAGCUGUUUUGGACAAGUUCUACUUCAAGCUCCAUACAAAGCUGGAUGAGCAGAAGAAAAGGAUGAACGCUGCUUUUGAAGAAACCACACAAGCCUACGAGCAGCUGUCCAAGGCCCAGACAAGGAUUGCAGCCAUGGUCGAAAGGCACAGGACAGACACUGAGCAUUACCACAUCGAGAUGCAGGAGCAGGAGCGUAUCCUUGCACACGAGGCCAAACUGAAAGCCUUUGUGCUUGCCAAAUUUGCUGAUCGCUCUGAACUGGAGGAGCAGGCCAAAAAGAAAAGAGCCUUGAAAGCAGCCCAGAGGGCCAAGAAGAUCCGAGGGGAGUGCUCUGAGACCCGGGAAGUGGCUUACAGACGCCUGCUGGAGCUGGCAGAGGAUGGGGAUGUCGAUCAGCUGCUGAGCAGCUUCAUUGAGAAGGAGCACAAGAACUUCGCCUGCUUCCUCUAUGCCUCUGAGCUCAAUGAUGAGAUUCAGAAGAUGGAGAGGAAGAUCAAGGAACUCGAGAUUGAAACUGCAUCCCUGAUGGAGGGUCAGAAGCAAGUAGAGACCAAGAAGUUUCAUCUUGUGAAGGAACUGGAGAAAAAUCUAAGGCAAACCACUGAGGAAGCCAACCUCUACGAAGAGCUGUGCAAAGAGAGAAGCAAACUCCUGGGCCAGGUGAAAUCCACCAUGGGAAUCCUGCUCGAAGAAAUGAACUGUGACACUACAGCCAUAAUGAAGCAGCUUGGAGAAAAAGGGGAGAUCACGGAUCUGAACCUGAUGCAGUAUUUUGGUCUCGUGGAGGAGAAGACCAACGAGCUCCUGCUGCUGGAGUCCAUGCUGCGCUACAGAUUGACUGAAGGCACUUCUCCGGACCUGCCCUUCACCAGCCCUGAGCUCCAGCAGAUCAACUGGUCCCAGAUGUGCCCACCACCUCCCACUCUGGAUGGCAACAACAAGGAUGCCGUCAAUGCCUUGGAGGUGCCUCUGGACCACGGCCAGCUCCGUCAGAUGGUUCUCCAGAGCCGCGAGAAGGACUUGGACAACACUGCUGGCAUGGAUGAGAAUGCACCCGGCGUGGAAUAA